CGUCGUGUGUGGGAUUUCGUGGGGUACGCUCUGCACUGCCUGGGGAGCGGUCGAGAAAGGAGGUUCUGCGAAUACCUGGCCCGGCGUGCUGGUCGGAGACCCUCCUGGGGCUGGGAGCCGGUUUGCGGUGGGGAGGGGCCAAGGUAGAGACCGUGUUUGUGCGGCCGGGGCGGCCCUCGGCCGGGCUCGCUUCUGUGGGGAGCGGCAGUAUGGUAUGGGAAAAGACGCGCCCCCCACCUCCCCCGGCUACUGCCGGCUGGGUGUGCGGGGCGCGUCAGACGGACGCGGCCUUUCCUGGGAGAGAAAGCCCCCGAUGCUUCGCACAGUACAAGCGCAGCCUGCAUUAACCUGUAUUUCCCCGAGCGUGCAACCGCUCACUCGGUCUCCGCCGGCACGGCCGUUGCGCGGCGGGCACCUCAGGCUGCGGCGGCAGCGCUACUCCCGUCCUGUGCUGCCCGCCGUGCUUGCUCCCAAUCAAACUGCUCUGGAAAAUCAUAGAAUCACGGAAUCAUUAAUCUUGGAAAAGUCCUCUAGGAUCAAGUCCAACCGUCAACGCAUCGCCACCAUGCCUCCUGAACCAUGUCCCAAAGUGCCACGUCUACAUGGUUUUUGAAUGCCUCCAGGGAUGGUGACUCCACCACCUCUCUGGGCAGCCUCUUCUAAUGCCUGACCACUCUUUCAGUGAAGAAAUUUUUCCUAAUAUCCAAUCGAAACCUCCCCUGAUGCAGUGUGAGGCUGUUUCCUCUUGUCCUAUUGCUAGUCAUUUGGGGAAGAGACUGACACCCACCUCGCUAUAACCUCCCAUCAGGUAGCUGUAGAGAGCGAUAAGGUUCUUAGCCUCCUCCAGGCUAAACAACCCGUUCCCUCAACCUCUGCUCAUAAGGCUUGAUCUCCAGACCCUUCACCAGCUUCAUUGCCCUUCUCUUGGUACGCUCCAGGACCUCAGUGUCCUUCUUGCAGUAAGGAACCCAAAACUGAACUCAGUGUUCGAGGUGUAAAUAUCGCUAAGGCGUACAAAGGGUGGAGGGGGCGGGCCGGCCGGCCGGCCACCUGCGAGGGGCAGCCGGCUCCUCAAAGCCGCCGGUGGACCAGGGAAGGAGCGAUCCAGCCCGCCCGGCUGGCAGUGCUCCGCGCGAGCGAACAGUCCGGCCCCGGUGUAAAGGCGGGCACAGCCUCCCCCCGCGCCCCGCCCGUCGGGCCGGCAGAGGCAGGCAGCGGGGCGGGCCUGCCUGCGUCGCGGCAGAGCGGAGAGGCCUCCCGUCAGGCAGGCCCGGCGGGAGGCAGGGCGGGGCGAAACGGCGGCCGCGGCUGGGCUGGAGCACGGUGGGGGCGGGCGCGGGCCAUGGACGAGAUGCUGUGGUGGGACCAGCUGUUGGCCGGCAGCUCGGAGGUGGACUGGUGCGAGGACAACUACACCAUCGUGCCCGCCAUCGCCGAGUUCUACAACACGAUAAGCAACGUAUUGUUUUUUGUUUUACCACCCAUAUGUAUGUGCUUGUUCCGUCAAUAUGCAACCUGCUUCAACAGCGGAAUAUACUUAAUAUGGACUCUGCUCGUUGUGGUUGGAAUUGGAUCUGUUUACUUUCACGCCACCCUCAGUUUCCUGGGCCAGAUGCUGGAUGAGCUGGCUAUUCUCUGGGUCCUGAUGUGUGCUCUUGCCAUGUGGUUCCCUAGGAGGUACCUGCCCAGAGUGUUUCGGAAUGACCGGAGCCGAUUUAAAGCUGCCGUGGGUGUGCUGUCUGGAGUUACUACCUGCCUCGCCUUCAUUAAGCCUGCCAUCAACAACAUCUCACUAAUGACUCUGGGUGUUCCCUGCACGGCUUUGCUCAUUGCUGAGUUGAAGAGGUGUGAAAACCUCCGUGUAUACAAACUGGGUCUCUUUUCAGGUCUUUGGUGGAUGCUAGCACUUUUCUGUUGGAUCAGUGACAAAGCAUUUUGUGAGAUCUGGUCCUCAUUUAACUUCCCCUACUUGCACUGUGUAUGGCACAUUUUGAUUUGCCUCGCGGCGUACCUGGGCUGUGUCUGCUUUGCUUACUUCGAUGCUGCCUCUGAGAUCCCUGAGCAGGGCCCUGUCAUAAAGUUCUGGCCCAGUGAAAGAUGGGCAUUCGUUGGCAUUCCCUACGUCACACUCCUCUGCGCACACAAGAAAUCACCUGUGAAAAUUACAUGAAGUUGGCCAUGGAAUGGGGAUGGAGCUUAUAUUCAACUUAUAUUCAAGCACAGACAGGAUUUAAAUAAUGACAAAUGAAUAGGGUUGUAUUUUUUCUUCUUAAGAUAUGCAGUACUUCAGGUGUUUUAGAAAGAGAAGGCAAUUGUGUUCUUUCCUCUCUCAGGAGAGGAGAGUGGAAGCAGGAAGGUUGAGGCUUUUGAAUGCUAAAGUAACCACUAGCUUCUCUGGUUGGCUCUGUUUUGCACCGUGUUUUCAGCGUUAACAUUUCUCUUGAUAAAAGCUCUUUCCAAAUACCAGGGUCAAUGAAUGAUGUUUCUGUGGUAGGUCACCUCUGGUGCUUGAGUCACUUCUUUUAUAAGUCAUUUCUGGCUUAAGGCCUUCUUUGCAAAAGAAGCCCAUCCAAGAUGCCUACGUGCCACCCUGUGUCCUUGUCAGCUCUGAUUUUGACAUGGUUGCACAUGGCCACAAGAGUGUGCUCGAAGCACGUGCACCUCCCAGCCUGGUGUGUAACACAGGGAGUCUGGCUGUGCAUGACAUUGGAUCACAGAGUAUGUGGUUGCUUCCCCAAGUACAACAGGAGACCAGUGCAAAGUGUUUGCAACUGGGUGACUGGAUCAGUGCAGUUAGGCCGUGUAAAUGUGGAAAUAGCUGACAGAAGACGCAGUCCCUAAAACUAAAUAGGAGUUCAAGGGUUUUGAAUUUUUCUGUAUUUCCACUGACCUGUGGACAUUUAUAUGCUGCAUGUUUUCCUCUUGCAGAAACAUCACAGAAAUCCCUUUCUACCUCUACAGACACAUUUAGUCUUGAAUUUGGUUUUGAAGCUCAUAUGGAAGUGCGAACAUUAACUUCAGUAAGAGCUCAGGUCAGCAUGGAUUGACAGUGUGAUUAAACUACAAAAACUUGUAGGUGCCUAGCAGCAUGUCUGAUUUGAGAGUUAACUUCUCACCAGUGCAUUGCAAAGUGACAUGAACAAUAGUCCAGUGCUCUGCUAGUUAUACUUAAGAAAAAAGUAGAUAACCACUUAAAAACCAAGCCGAAGACUUAGAUUUCAGUGAGCAAUGAAAUAUGACAUUGAGUCUUGCAUUUUUACUAGCUGCAGUCUUGGAGAAAAUAGGGU